CUGAUGUUGCGAUGUCGGAGCGAGAUGGUUUGAUCCUUCAUUUGAUCCUACUUUCAAGAUCUUGUUUAUGUUGUUAUAUGCCUAAUAAUUUUAUAAUUCACGUUUAAGGAAAAAACAAUCCAUUUGAGCUUUCCAUCAUCCUUUCAUAAUUCAGAAUUUUUGAUUGUUUACUUAAAUUUCGCCUUGUUUACGAUUCAUAGAUCUUAGAUUAGUGUCGUCGAAAUCUUAAGUUCUUUCUUUAAUUUUAUAAUUUCAGAAAAGAAUUUUAUGUAUAAAUAUGCUCUCUUGGAGUUAUCUUUUCUAUCAUAUAAUCAAUUCAAUUUAAUCAAGUUUGCAUUUAUAAAUAUAAAUGUCUGAUUUGAGAAAUAUGUAGUUUUUUUAUAUUUUAAUUGCUAAGAUGCUUGUUAAUUGCAAUAUUUCUUUUAAGUAUGUUAUGCUUUGUUUGGGCAGAUUUUUAGUUUCCAAAUUUAAGUAUGAAAUCUUAGCAUUUGAAUAAUAAAUGCUUUAUAUAUCUGAAGGAAAAGGAAAGUGUAAAAAAAUGCAAAAUAGAAGACGGGCAACAUUCCAUUCUUUAAAUCAUAUUGGUGUACAUUUAGAAUUUCGGUGGAAAAUUAAGCUGUAUAUUUCUACUUGCUAAUAAUAUAUAAAACUCAUAAAAUAUCUCAAGGUUAUGUGAUAAUUAUUUUAGAAAAUAAUUUGAAAAAUGAUUCAUUAGGAGAUUUAUUCAUUUAAGAAAUUCUCAUUUGAUUCAGUAGUGAAAUAAUGAGCUGUUCUUCUCCUUUUAAAAUAAUUAAAUAAAUUUUGUCUUAAAUGUGUGUUUAGUUUUCUUGCUUUUCUGAUGAAACACUGGAAAUUAAGAAAAAUAUAGAGAAAAGGAAUAUUCAAUCACAGUUGAUAACAAUUAGUAAAGUUUGUUUUCAAACUAUUUAAUAUAAUAAAUAUUUAAAUAUGGGAAGCUGUGUAUCUCAUUGUUCUCGACAAGAUGUUGUUCAUCAACAGACUGGCAGAGUUAUAACUGACUCUCAGAAGUCCAUCGAAGUAACAUCAGGUUCAGCAUUACUUCCCAAAUCACUGGCCGGAAUUGGACCUGAAGGAAAGGAUUUGUCUGAAGACAAUGACUCGGGAGAUAAAACUGUUUUAUCAUCAGUGAAGCUUCUAGUACCUGAAUCAGGUGAAGUCAGAGAUCAAAUUAAUGCGGAAAUACGUGCUCUCAGAGAACAGUUAGUGCGAAGCCAGGUUUUAUUUACAUACUUGUUAAAGAAUACUUCCGAAAAUGCUAAGAGCCCAGAUGGAAAAAAGGAACUUUGCACACUUCUUGAAGGGGGAACUUUGGGAGAUGCGAUGUUCCAAUGCAAGAGUUUUGAUGGCCAAGUCUUAGCUCGUCUGUAUAAUCGAUCUAAUCGAAGCAGCAGCUCAUACACAAGUCACAGAUCUACGCCUAUGCAUUGUGGUUAUACAUCACUGUCAUGCCCUACUCUUCCAAUAGAUUAUCCAGCAGUCACAAAAUCAACACAAACUGAACCACUCUCAGGUGCAACGUUUUUCAUAGACCACACUGACACGGACAGAGUUUUGUCAGCUCAGUCGACUCAUUCUUUAAACAAAAGCGUUUUUUCCCCACCAAUAACACCUUGCGGUGCCAUUCCUGAAACAUUUCUAAUAACUGAUGUAUGUGAGAUUCACAGAGAACCUGAAGACCAUACUUACCCACGUCAUAGAACAAAUAGCUUCUUAUCAGCAGUAAAAGACGGUAAUCCGAAAUUAAUAGAUGCCCAACUUGAAAAUGAACAUGCAGAAAUGAAGCAGGUUCAAAGUGACAUGUGUGAAGUGGAUCAGAAAAAUGAAAUGUCCCAUACUUUGUCUGAUCAUCAAUCUACAAGUUAUACCUCUUUUGCCUCCUCAUCUGUUUCCAAAGGUUUUGAUAUGGAAAAUAAAAGCAUUUUUGAUGAUGUCAAAGAAUGUGUGUUUCCUCGCAAACUGUCUAUUCUUUUGGAAGAAGAUUAUGAAGAUACUUCUGGAAACUUCUUUUCUGUUUGCAGCUCUCAACCAUUUUUAAAUAAGAAAAGAAAGGUACCUCAAUCAUGUACUGCCAAAACACAAACUGAUUUGACAAUGCCAAUUAAUCCUGCUUUAUCUCAUAAGCAACUUUUUCCGCCUUCUACCAAACCGGACGUUCCUGUAAGUGAAAAGUGUUUUUCGAGGUGCGGGUAUACAGUUGUAUCUCAGAGUGUGCAAAAAAGGAUUGUUUACUCAGAGGAGCUUCCUAAAAGACUUGUAUUAAGGUAUCCACCUCCUUAUACAAAGAAACAUGCCAAACAUCGCACUUAUCCUUCAGCUGGAGAUAGUUACUUUCAAGAUGUGCAUUCAAAACCAAAGCCACAAAGCGGCAGAUGGUAUACUGCAUGUGAAUCUUUACCAAGUAGAAGUGAAAGUUCUCAGAACUUAACUCCGAAUUCACAAAAUUACAGACUUCAAACAAGACAUCUUUCUUUGGAAAAACAAGAGUCAUUUUCCUCUUGUGAUCACAGUUUGUAUCCUGAUAGUCGCAUGUCGUCUGCGACAGACUGCUCUGGUUGGAUUACUAAAUCUGAUGUAGAACUCAAUCUAAGACCUGAACCACCAAGUUAUCAGCAAUCAUUACUUGCUUCUCAACGAAAUCAGUCAUCUAAAAAUAGCAACGUAGAGGCUACUCCUCUUGAAUCGAAGCCUCCAAGCGAAAAAAGCGGCUACACGGCAUCUGGUGUUGGUAUUCUUGAAAAAUCCAAAUCUGAGAGCGAUGCCAAAUCUAUCGAUGAUAGAAAUGGAAGUAAUAAAGAAAAAUUAAAAUAUUCCCAACGCAGUUUGCGUAGAGGUUCUGGUGCUGGUUCUCCGAAUUCACAGUUAACGAUUCCUAGAUAUCCAGCUUUUGACUUCAGUGAACAAGAAGAUGUUCAUUCAAUAUUUCCUUCUCCAUCAGAACCCGAAGCAAAUCGUAAUAUUAAAACGGAAGAUUUCCCAGGAAUUUUAAAAUUAGACAAGGCAGCUGAUCCAGAUGCAUCUCAAAAUACCUUGAACUUAAAAGAUACGAGUCAAAAGAAAAGAAACUCGAGUAAAUCGAAAACACUGAUGCCCGAACACAUGGAGAAUUCGGAGACUGAAUCUACUAAAGGAAGUUUCGAAUGUGAAGCUCCUGAUAUGCCUCCAUCUUGUGAAGCGACAUCUAUUCCUGUACCUGAUAUCGCAUUUCCCAGUUUGCCUAAUACCUUUUUAGCAAAACUGGGCGUACACAAAGAUAGUCCCUUACCGGUUGAAGCUUUUGAUGAACAUGAUCUGGAGAGUAAAUUUAUAGCAUUAUCUUUGGCUUUUAAAACGGAUCGGGCUACAUUAGCCAAAAGAUUAGAACUGCACAAGCGUCAAAGAGAUAUGGCCGAAAAAAAUGUGGAAAAUGAGUUUCAAUCAAUGAGAGACCAUUUAUGUGCACUUAAUUUGAAAGCUACGAGUUCUGAUGUUCGAGAUCUUAUUUCGAAAAUUCAGAAUCAUCUGGAUAUAGCCCAACAAGCUGCUGCCAGAGUCUCUGGUCGUUCCGAAACUUAUGGUGCUGUUCAACAGGAAGAACGUGUCAGUCGAGCUUUCGAGGUGUUGGUUUUGCAUGUCGAUCAUUUGAAACGAUUGUUUGAUAAAGAGCACAAGGAACUGGAAGAUACCAGAAGAAUGUUAACAGAUACUAGAGCAUUUAGGAAAGAUGUUGUUUCUGAUGUUGUAUCAGAAGAUCAAAAGAAAUAUUCUAAAACUUUUGGUUUGCCUGUUGGUUCCAUUAAAUCGGUUGGAAGACGAAGAGCAAGUGUUUCAGAUUUCCACCCCCGUUCUUUUCUAGAAAAUUGUAAAUCUCCUGGAUUCAGUCAAAGCUGGACAUCCGGUGUAAGCGUGCGAAAGGUGGAUCCCAAACCGAAUACUUUAAGCACAUAUCCAAUGGCUAGUAUUGUAGGUCUGAGUAGCAAUAGCCUACCUACAUCUCCUCAAGCAACUAAACCCCCUACUAGAAUAUCCACUACAGGAAAUACAACAAGGCGUUGCUCUUUGCCUUCUGCUAGUCCCAUGGCUCCAAAUAAUUUGCAGAGUCCUGAAACAGUGUCUGACGAGUCAACUCCACCACUUUCAUCUUUUCUUCAGAAAUCUUUCUGUAGGAAGAAAGAGAGAAACAUAUGGACAAGAAAGCUGUCUGCUGUCACUGAUGAAAAAGAACAAUCUGAGGAAGAAUCUGACAUAUCUAGUUAUGACACCAAAAAAGUAGAAAAUGUGGAUCCUCCUGAAAUAAAUCCGGAACAUUUUAUGUUACGUGCUUUCUUGCAGCAAGUAGAACAAAAAACAAAUGAAUUUUGUGAUCAUUUCGAUAAUCAAUUUGAUGGGUUGACCGACUUACCUGAUGAGACUGACUCUGCACCUGAAAUAUCUGAAAAUAUUCAAACUAAAAUUUUAAAUUAUGUUCAAAACUCUACUGUCGGUAAAUAUCUCUACUCUCCAGUAAUCCAAGAACUGUGGCAGCAAAACAAUACUUCUACAUUAGCUCGCUAUUUCUGUAGCACGGUACUGGCAUUUAUAGCUCUUUGUUUUCUGUUGUCUUUAAUUUUGCCUUGUAUAGGCAUAAAUUUAACUUUAGACUUUGCAAAAGAUAUUUAUGACACUUUGAUAAGUCUCAUAAUAUUUUGCUAUCCUCAUCAAUCCUCGAUUUGAAACAUUUUUUGGAUGGUCUAGAAUUAGUGAAAUUUUAUGAAUUCAAAUACUCUUCUUAAAUAUUUGUCUAUUGUAAACAAAAAAAGCUGUAUUUCAGCAUAGUAAGCAGAAAUAAAUGGAUAUACUGUCCGAAUUUUAAAACAAAGACAUAUCAUUAUUUUAAAUGUAUUUCUGAGAUAAAUGUCUCAAAUUUGUAAUAUUAUACUUUGCAACUGACUCAUAGAAUAUGCUUCAUUAUCUGAGCAACGUAGUAAAAAUACUAUUGGUAUGAUAUUACUUAAAGAAAUUUUUUCAUAUAUCAUUGUAUUUAAAAUCACAGUUAGGAAUUAAUAUAUGUAUGUGUGCCAAUAAAAAAGCAGGAUGUCACAUUUCUGUUUUAAACUGUCGGACACUAAAGUGAGACUCGAAAUGUAUUAUUGUAAUAUAUUCAUGUGCUUUCAUAUUGUAAAAUCGCCGUCAUUUCUAGUUGAUUUAUUGAAUGUUGUUUACUGAAAUUUUCAGUGUAUGUAUUCAUAAUAUAAAAGUGAACAAUUUUUGAGCUUGACUAGCAUAUACAUUAAAAUGUUCACGAACGAAAUAUUAUACUGCUGUGAUGUUCAUCCAGUCUGUAUUCCUUGUUGCUUUUAAUGAAUUGUAAUUGAAGUAU